AUGAUUGAGCAAGUGAUUCAAGUUGCUUCAUCAUAUUGGUAUUUAGUAUUAGCACCUUUGGGAUUAUUUAAAUAUGAAGGAGCAAUGACAACUUUUGACUUGUCAAUCAUGUCAGCCUUUUUCUUAUUCUUUUGCCCAGUGGUGUUAAUUCCAUUGUUAUUCUUUGGUGUGAGAGCACCUUAUGGAAAGUUUGCUUCUACUAAUAGCAAUGAAGGAGAAUCAGCAGUGAGCAAAUGGUGGAGAAGAAUAUCAAGUAAGACAGAUAUUGUCUUGAAUGGUAGAUUUGCAUUUGCAUUCCAAGAAUCAUUCGCAUUAUCUUCCUUCCUCUAUGUAUUAUUAACUUGUGAAUGGAAUUGGCAGGAUAAUUUUUGGCUUAAUGCCCAACAAGUGAUUGCAACUGCCAUGUUUAUUGGACAUUACAUUCAUAGAGCAUUCAUAUUUACAUUGAUUAGAACUCAUAGUAUGAGUGAUUCAACCCUAUCAACCAUGUUGAUGGCUUGCUUUUUCUGUUCAUGCAACGGUUACUUGAAUGCAAAAGGUAUUUGGAUUUAUAGUGGUGGAUAUUUUGGAGCUAUUAACGUCAUUAUCAUGCUAUUAGGAAUGAUUCUCUAUAUUAUUGGAUUUUACAUUAACUUCCAAUCCGACCAAAUAUUGAUUAAUCUCAGAAAGAAGAAUCAAACCACUGAUUCUGAAAAGAAGUACUUUAUUCCAACUGGAGGAUUAUACAAGUAUGUUAGUACACCAAACUACUUUGGAGAAUCGGUCGAAUGGUUUGGCUAUUUCAUGUGCAUUCAAAAUAGGUUUGCUUUUCUCUUUGUCAUUUUGACCUUAUCGAACUUGCUGCCAAGAGCCGUUCAAACACAUCAGUGGUAUUUGAAUAAGUUUGGUGACAAAUACAGAUCUUUGAACAGAAAAGCAUUUGUUCCAUAUUUGUUAUAA